AUGCCGCGCCAACUUACCAUUACCCCAGCAUCCUACAAAUCUUCCCUCCUCUCCAUUCCUCCCACGCCAUUCUCGCCUCUUCUUCCGAUCACGCCUCCCGCCUCACCACCAAAAUACAACCAAGGCACUGGUUCCCGCGCGGCUAAGCUGAAAGCCAGUGCCGAGCUCCUUCCACCGCCACCAGAAAGUCUUCACUGGCUUUGGCAAUGCCACAAGUGUAAUCGCGUCUAUCAACUCGGCGUCACUCGCCGCUGCCUCGAUGAUGGCCAUUUCUUCUGCGCUGGCACCACUGUCGUCAAGCGAGGCAAAAAAGGUAAUGGUGGGAAAAGAGUUGUACGUCACGCAGCUUGCGCGAGCGAGUUUGACUACCAAGGCUGGAAAGCGUGGGGCAACUGGAGAAGAGCUGUGGUAGAGCGUGUGGAAGCUGCUGAUGCAUUGAUGGUCGCCGAGGAGAUUUUCGAGAGGGAGAUGAAUGGAAAAUUAAUGGUACCCGAAGGGAGAUGGUUCCAAGGACGCUGGACUACGAAGCGCGAAGCACGAGACGUAGUAGCUGGAGCACAGAAGAAAGAUUGCUGGAUGAAAUGCGACUACCCCAGCGAAUGCAGAUGGGGCAAGCAAUUCGGGGUUCAAAGCACAACUACUCCCAAAGUUGCCAACGCGACUGUCCCCAGCAGUCCGAUCAAGGCAGAGGAAGCAAAGCACGAAAUCAAAGCCAAAACGUCAUUCGAAGAAAUCCUAGGAAUCUCCCUCGCCUCCUCAGAUAUCACCGACGAAACGGCCUCCGCAGCGGUCGACUUCCUCGAACCUCUCAGCCCUACCAGAUCCUCAAGCCAGAAAGCCGUGGCGGAAGGCGAAACGAAAAGCGUGAGUAUGGAUGACCUCUUGGAGAGUGCGAAGCGACGCAAGAGAAGGAGUUCGGGACAGAUCCCUUCUCCACUUGGUGCUAAUCCUCCGGAGGAAGUGAAGGGAGAGAUUCGGAUUGGGAUGAGUGGGAGUGAGAUUCUGCAGAAGGCUUUUGAUGACAUUGAGUUGGAUUUGAAGAAAGGGCUGGGAUCUUUGUUGGCGCUCGAGGAGAAGGCGGAUGCUUUUGUUAAGGGGUUGAAUGUUGGGAAGAAGAGGUGA